AUGAGUACUGUUACGUUACGGUGGAUCGGUGACUUAGAUCAAGACAAACGUGAGCAGGCUGGAUGUGUCAGUUCAUCGAGUGACCAGUAUCGUCCAAAGAAAAUAGAACUGAAGCCUGGACAAAAGGAAAUUCGAAUUGGACGGAUUAACACCAAAAUACCCCCUGACUAUGCAAUAGAAAGCUGCAUAAAUAGCCGAAUGAUAUCUCGGAAUCAUGCAACUAUAGAACGUUCAGCCAAAGGUGGUUCGAUACUUUAUGAUCACAGCAUGAAUGGUACAUACGUUAAUUAUACAAGAGUAAUGGGUGGAGUGACGCUCAAGCAUGGAGAUAUUGUAUGCUUUGGUCACCUGAAUGGAGCCAAUCUAAAGCCCGGAGAGCCAGUGGCCCUGUUUUACUCUGACCUAAAAUACCGAGUAGAACUAAGUGAUUCACCAGCUAAAGAAAGUGUUACCGCAGGAACAACUAAAAAACGCAAAUCCUAUCCAGCACAACCUGGUUCAACAGUCUCUUCUACACAACGAUCAGAUGGUGAAGACGAUUCAAUUGGAUCAAGUGAUGAUGAAUCAGUCGACGCGAAACGACCUAGAAGUAAUGCAGCCUCAGGAGGUGGUGGUGGUGGUGGUGGCGGCGGUGCUGGUGCUGGUUCUGGUGCAUCACGUAAUGCUAAUCGCCAGAAAUUCAAAAAACCUGCCACUUCAAAUCGUCUUAAAGUUGAUGAAGAAGAUGAUAUUGAUAGUAAUGAUGACGAUGAAAAUUCCACUUCAAAACGGUUAAGUUCAGCAGCUAGUUCUAAAUCAAUGAAAAAACGUUCCAAUGGUACAGAGAAAGUGAAAAAAUCACAUUCAAAUUCUGUUUCACGUAAAUCAUCAUCCAGUACAACUAAACCUGGUCAUAUGCAUAGUAGUAAGGAGAAGCGUCGUUCAGGCAAAUCAAGCAAAUCGGGUGGUGGUUAUGACGCUGAAGAUGAUACUGCUGCUGCUGCAGGCGGUGAUAUGUUCCAUUAUGACAGUGAAGAGUGUUCUGCUCGACCGUGUAAACAACCCCAAGAUAUAGCCAUUGAUUGGAUUCAAUGCGAUCGUUGUGCCCUAUGGUAUCAUCAAGAGCUAGAUGAGUUGUGUUUCCUGUUGGAGCUUCACCGACUGAAUGCUACAUCAGAUUCGGGAUCAUCAACUGAGACAACAGCACCAUGUGUUGAGUCAUUCAAUGAUUGUGGAAACUUAUCGAAUAGAAUUCGCAGACUUCCGAUCAUCUCUAAACCCUUACCACCGUCUAUUUUCUGUAAACCUUGGCAAUUUGUCUUGAAGUGGUUGCUUACAAAUUCAGGAUACAGAAGUAGUGGAGUUUUAUUAUCGGAAUCUUCUAUUCCAUUUAUUUCACCUCGAUAUGUUCCACCAAUUCAUCCGUUAGAUUCUACAUCCGUGAAUAAUAAUAAUGAUAAUGGCAAAUCAAGUUUAUCUUUAUCGUGUUCGAUGCCUACGACUAGAGAUCGAUGUUAUGAAGCUUUAUCAUUCUCAACACAAGCUUACAGGACUAUUGUACGUGUGACAUUGUUUAAAGAUUCAAAAACUGAAAAUGGCACCUUUCAAUGUGUCUGUGAUUCACGCAUCAAUUUACCAUCUUCAUUCAAUCAUUUGCCUAUCAGUAAAUUGGAGUCAAUUGAAGAUUUUGUUAAAACAGAAAUAUGGCCAAUAAUUGAAAAAGAAUUCAAAAUUGAAGAAUGAAUAGCUUGUAAUAUAUAUAUAUGUAUGAUUUUUAUAUAUUUAACCCUCCUCCCCCAACCAUCAGCACGUUUUCUUGUCAAAUAAUUCGAGUAUAAAUUAUCAUCUCGGUGUUCA